AUGGGUUCUUCUGGAAGAUGGAUGCUCUGGACCGUGUGUGUGUGUUUCGCUGCUCUGGAAAACGCUGCACUCAGGGUAACCAUGAGGGAAUCGAGCCUGCAGGUGGUUCAAGGCGAUGUUGUCGUCCUGCCCUGCUCUUUCUUCACCUCCAGUCCUCUCUCCAGACUCAACGUUAUCUGGACUCUGGCUCCCUUCUCCAGUCCUGAAUCCCCAAUACAGGUGAUUGUGUACGACCAUGGACAGGAGAUUGAAGACCCGUCAUUCAUUGGCAGGGUUGGUUUUACAGGUAUUCCCUGGAGUGCAGAUAUUGUCCUGAAUGACACACGUGUAUCAGAUGCUGGUACUUACCGCUGCAUGGUCAAUAACCCACCAGAGACAGCCGAUCCCGGCAUAGGAGAGCUGGAGCUCAGUGUUCUGGCGCCACCUUCGCUGCCUGUGUGCCAGUGGGAUGGAGACAUUGAUAUGGGAGGAAGUGUCACGCUGUCCUGCUCGGUGGCGGAGGGCGUCCCAAGUCCAGAAAUCCGCUGGGACAAACUGAAUCCAGAAGAAAUCGCACUUCCCAUCAACAUGGAGGGAGAUCUGUCGGGCUCCGUCCAGAUUGUCAAUGUGUCAUCUCAGACGUCGGGCCUGUAUCGUUGCUCUGCCAAUAACCUGCUGGGUACAGAGAACUGCUACGUCAACCUGUCCAUUUACACAGCCCCAGAUAGUUCCUCAGGCCUACUGCAGGGCGUGCUGCUCACCUUGUCCAUGAGCCUGGUGUUGCUGGCGCUGCUGGUGCUUGUGCUGUGGCUCCAUCGCACAGGACAGGACGGGAGGUGGAGGGAGGGGAAAGAAGAGGAGGAGGAGUGUUACAAUGAGAUACGAUAUACUCCGUCUCUGAUGAAGCGUUCGUUUGUUUGAUUUGUCAACACCCACAGGAAUUUGAAAAAAAGAAAAAGAGAUGCUCCAACCCGGGGUAUCAAACGAAAGACUUUCAAAUUUUUUUGUUUCAUUCAGAUAAUUGAUUUUUUACAGCCUAGCCAGUUCUCCUUGCAAACCACUGUACCUACUGUGCA